AUCAAAAGCAGAGAGAAACUAGGGUUAGGGUUUAACUUGGAUUUGCGUGAUCGAUUUCGAUUCGAUCGAUUCUCUCUCGCACGAAGCAGAAACCCGAGUUCUGAAUCCAUGGCAACAACUACGACGAAGCGAAAGCCAGUGUUUGUGAAGGUGGAUCAGCUAAAACCGGGUACCAACGGUCACACGUUAACGGUGAAGGUGGUGAGUUCUAAACCGGUGAAGACGGUGAGCAACCGGGGCGGUCGAUCGUCGGUGUUGACGGCUCGCCCCUCGCGCAUCGCCGAGUGCCUCGUCGGUGACGAAACCGGAACCAUAAUCUUCACUGCACGCAAUGAACAGGUGGACCUCAUGAAGCCUGGAUCAACUUUAACUCUGCGCAAUGCGAAGAUUGACAUGUUCAAGGGAUCUAUGAGGCUAGCAGUUGAUAGAUGGGGGCGUCUUGAGGUCGCAGAAUCUGCAAAUUUUGAAGUUAAAGAGGAUAACAAUCUUUCAUUAGUUGAAUAUGAAUUAGUCAAUGUUGUUGAAGAGUAAUUUUAGCUUCUGAGAGUGAAUCUUGAGUUACCAGAGGUUCUAAUUUUUAUUUUAACCAUUGAACAUGUGGCUGCGGUGCGGUUUUCAUGUGGUACAGUCUUGCUUAAUUAGUUUUAAGAUUGCUGUGGUUAAUGCAAUUUCAGGUCAAUUUUGAAAUGUGACGAUGCUUAUUAUGCUUAAAAUGCAAAAGUAAAUAUUGUUAUAUGUUUCCU